AUGGCAGCGUGUUACUCUCAAGAGAAAUUUAAUGUCACUUCAUACAAUACCAUGGCUUUUGUCAUCAUCACACUUCAGACAUUUGCCGGCAUGUGGAUAAAUGGUUUCAUUGUUUCUGUGCUGUGUGUUGCUUCGGUGAAAAAGAAAAUCUUUAACUCCAAUGAGAAGAUCGUGCUGUUUCUGGGGUGCUGCAGGCUUGGGGAUUUGUGCAUCACAUGGGUAUUUUCAUUUCUUUCAAUAAUAUAUCCCCACUGCUUUUAUGUUCACCCCAUACCCCAAAUGUUUUCAGGUCUCAGAAGUUUUUUAAAUUCUACCAAUGUGUGGGUUUCUGCCUGUCUUUGUGUUUUUUAUUGUAUAAAAAUUGCAAAUUUCCAGCACACCUCCUUCAUCUACCUGAAGGUAAAGAUUGACAGGAUAUUACCUGGGCUUUUCUUGGUUUCAGUGCUUUUUGCACUGGUUAUGGGUAUCCUUGCUUAUGACAUAACUUACAGAGUAGUCUUUAAGAAUCUGAAUUCCACCAUCCCAGGAAAUUUGUGGAAUACUCAUGUUACAAUGGAUGAACACACUUUUGCCCUGUUUUGUAUCAAUGGGUUCAUAUCGACCACUGCAUUCAUGACAGUCAUCUUUUCUCUUCUUCUCCUCCUCUUUUCUCUCUGGAGACACAAACACAGGAUGCAGGCAAACUCAAUGAGGAACCUCAGCAUGGAUGCCCAUACCAAAGCCAUAAAAUCUAUUCUGUCCUUCAUCUUUAUUUACAGCAUCAACUUUACUGGAUUCAUCUUGACAAUGAUUUAUGCUAGGAUGAUGGAAUAUCGUUUGAUAUUUCUUAUUUUAAUAUCUCAGUAUGUUCUUCCAAUUGUUCAUUCCCUUAUUCUGAUUUUCAGCAAUCCCAAACUGGAAAAGAUGUUUCUAAGGACUCUGUCUUGUUUGAAGUGGGAGCUUUACAAGGAAUAG